ACCCCGCCCCUCGCCCACUCCUCCCUCCCACGAACCUCCCCUACAUACACCAGCGCAACACACCCGCCAGAUCCGAUCCCGCACCCCGACCCCGACCCCGUGAGACAAAGCCGAGCGCCACAGGAAAGGUACUGAGCAGGUUUCUGUAACAAACAAGAGGGAGGAUGUCUACCGCCGAGGCAACCCGCGAGGAGAAUGUGUACAUGGCCAAGCUCGCAGAGCAGGCCGAGCGUUACGAGGAGAUGGUGGAGUUCAUGGAGAAGGUGGCCAAGACCGCCGAUGUUGGCGAGCUCACUGUUGAGGAGCGCAACCUGCUCUCCGUGGCCUACAAGAACGUGAUUGGUGCCCGGAGGGCGUCCUGGAGGAUCAUCUCCUCCAUUGAGCAGAAGGAGGAGAGCCGUGGCAACGAGGCCUAUGUUGCCUCCAUCAAGGAGUACCGUACCAGGAUCGAGACUGAGCUGAGCAAGAUCUGCGAUGGCAUCCUCAAGCUCCUGGACUCCCACCUCGUCCCAUCUGCCACCGCUGCUGAGUCCAAGGUCUUCUACCUGAAAAUGAAGGGUGAUUACCACAGGUACCUUGCCGAGUUCAAGGCAGGAGCUGAGAGGAAAGAAGCAGCUGAGAACACUCUUGUAGCAUACAAGUCAGCCCAGGACAUUGCCCUCGCUGACUUGCCUACCACUCACCCGAUAAGGCUUGGACUUGCCCUCAACUUCUCUGUGUUCUACUAUGAAAUCCUGAACUCUCCAGACCGCGCUUGCAACCUUGCCAAGCAGGCAUUUGAUGAAGCUAUUGCUGAGCUGGACUCCCUUGGUGAGGAAUCUUACAAGGACAGCACCUUGAUCAUGCAGCUUCUGCGUGACAACUUGACUCUCUGGACCUCAGAUAACGCGGAUGAGGGUGGUGAUGAGAUCAAGGAAGCCUCAAAGCCUGAAGGAGAGGGACACUAACUCUCCCUUGUCUGCACAAGUUUAUUUCUGAGUCAAUUUCGCAGCUACCUGUAUUGUUCGAAUCAUAAGAUGUACUAGGGUCAGUUGCACUAUGUGAAUCAUAAGCUGUAGUAGGAUCGUGCUAUGCGAAGCGUGUCGAGCUGAAGUACCUAGUGGACUACAGUCAUGAGGGCAUCAUGUGGGCAUCGUUGCUUCAGGAACGCGUUAUUAGUUCAUUAGCAGAUUUCAAACUAUUUCCUGUAUUGCAGCACAUUAUUAGUAUUGCUGUAUUAGCAAUUUUCAUUGGCUUGUUAAUGAUUGA